UGUGCUUGACUAGCCAGGGUGGGUGGGGGCAGUGAGGCACCCUGAAAGGCGGGAGGAGAUGGGUGCGCGCCAGUCGGGUGCCGGGCCACCCGCAGGCUGCGCCCGGGAGCCGAGCUCCCGGGAGAGUGAGGGGCCGGCGCAGCUCACACGGUCCACGGUCAGGUGCGCGCGGCGUGCUCGGCGGCGGCCUCGGCUGCCCUAGCUCCUGGCCGCCAGCCUGCUUCCCAUGGGGUGACAUCCGCCCCGCCCUCGGUCCCUCCCCAAGGCGGGCAAUUCCUGGACACUGGGCUGAGCGCUGGGGGGCUGGGAAGCGGGGACGGAAAGAAACCCCAGCCUCUGGGGAAGGCCAAGAGGGGGACGACGACUCCCUCCGCUGCACACCGGUUCCUAGGAGCGGGCCAGGCGGGGGAGGAGGAAGAGGGCUGGGCUGGAGCGACCGAGGGGAUAUUCCUCUCCCGGCUUGAGUCAGACGCGGGCGGAUCCGUCCUCCCCCGUUCCCUCCCAGGAGACGGGAACUUACUUCAUUUCCCUGGGGCAGGUUCGCCCACGUUACCAACCCCCCCCUCCGGUUCCUUCCAGCUUCCGUGCCCCUCACCCAGCUGGGCAGGACUCGGGCUGCGCUGCCACCCCCUCUUUCGGGGAAAGGAGGCCGCAGCCGCAGACACCUGGGGCCCGGGGAGGGGGGGCACUUCGCAGCCGCCUGAGCGUUGUCCAACACGUGAGACUCAUGUGAUGAAGCCGGGGGAGGGCGGGCAGGUCGCUCCUUCCCUCCCCGGCAGCGGCCAGACGUGCUUGGAGUCACAGGGUAGAACACGUAGCUUCUACCCACCCACUCGCUCCCAUUUAACCCAGCCCGCAGCCUCUCCUUACUCCUCGGCUCGUCCCCUCCAACAACCCCCCCUCCCGCUCCGCCCUAAGCAACCCCCCUUCCCUCCCGCCUCCCAGCCCGCCCCACUUCUCAUUCACUUGGCUCGCACGGCGCAGACAGCGCAGCGAGCACACACCGCCAGUCUGUGCGCAGAGCGGGAGCCAGAAGCCGCGGGGACACCCGGCCAUGCACGCCCCCAACUAAGCGGUGCCUCAAAGCCCCGACUCCUGCCAGUCCAGCGCAUUGCAAGGAAGCUCAGGCUAGCUCAGAGGAACAUACCCCUUGAGACCCUCGGGUCCUGGCUUCCAGGGCAGUCCUUCCUCAGACGCUCUGCUAAGUGCAGACAGAAGCGCGCAGUGGCCCCGGCUCGCCGCAUCAUGGAGCGGAUUCCCAGCGCGCAACCACCUCCAACCUGCCUGCCCAAAGCGCCAGGAUUGGAGCAUGGAGACUUGUCAGGGAUGGAUUUUGCCCACAUGUACCAAGUGUACAAGUCCAGGCGGGGGAUAAAACGGAGCGAGGACAGCAAGGAAACUUACAAAUUGCCGCAUCGGCUGAUUGAGAAAAAGAGACGUGACCGGAUUAACGAGUGCAUUGCCCAGCUGAAGGAUCUCCUACCCGAACACCUCAAACUUACAACUUUGGGUCACUUGGAGAAAGCGGUGGUUCUGGAGCUUACGCUGAAGCAUGUGAAAGCACUGACCAAUCUAAUUGAUCAGCAGCAGCAAAAAAUCAUUGCCCUUCAGAGCGGAUUGCAAGCUGGCGAGCUGUCGGGAAGAAAUAUCGAAGCAGGACAAGAAAUGUUCUGCUCAGGUUUCCAGACGUGUGCCCGGGAGGUGCUUCAGUACCUGGCCAAGCACGAGAACACUCGGGACCUGAAGUCUUCCCAGCUUGUCACUCAUCUCCACCGCGUGGUUGCUGAGCUGCUGCAGGGUGGUACUUCCAGGAAGCCAUCGGACUCGGCUCCCAAAGCCACGGACUUCAAAGAGAAACCCAGCUUUCUGGCCAAGGGAUCGGAAGGGCCUGGGAAAAACUGUGUGCCAGUCAUCCAGCGGACUUUUGCCCCCUCGAGUGGGGAGCAGAGCGGCAGUGACACGGACACAGACAGUGGCUACGGAGGGGAACUGGAGAAGGGUGACUUGCGCAGUGACCAAUCGUACUUCAAAAGCGAUCACAGCCGCAGGUUCACCGUGGGAGACCGAGUGAGCACAAUUAAACAAGAAUCUGAAGAGCCCCCCACCAAAAAGAGCCGAAUGCAGCUCUCAGAUGAGGAAGGCCACUUCGCUGGCAGUGACCUGAUGGGUUCCCCAUUUCUGGGCCCGCACCCACAUCAGCCUCCCUUUUGCCUGCCCUUCUAUCUCAUCCCACCGUCGGCAACUGCCUACCUGCCUAUGCUGGAGAAAUGCUGGUACCCCACCUCUGUGCCGGUCUUAUACCCAGGCCUCAACACCUCGGCAGCAGCCCUCUCCAGCUUCAUGAACCCAGACAAGAUCCCGACUCCCUUGCUCCUGCCCCAGAGACUCCCUUCUCCCUUGGCACAUUCAUCCCUCGACUCUUCAGCCUUGCUCCAGGCUCUGAAGCAGAUCCCCCCUUUAAACUUAGAAACCAAAGACUGAACUCUUAAAAGAGAUCUCCUGCUGCUUUGCUUUCCUUCCUCCCUAAUUCCAAAACCACAAAGGUCGGCCCACCGUGCAGACCCACAUAAAAGAUUCGGAAUGUGAGUGAGUGUGUGCGCGUGCGUGCUUGUGUGUGUGUGUGUGUGUGUGUGUGUGUGUAUAGGACAUUAAGUUCCUUCUGACACAGGGAAGACAUGAAAGGGAUGACCUAACAUCAGAUGACAGGACUGUAGCAGUCAGUCCUCUGGGCUUUUCCCUACCCAUAGAAGAGCCCCCUUUGAUACAAAUCAGUUGGAUUUUCAUAAGCUUCAAAAGCUCCAUCUGUGAGUCACUCCAGUUUGGGAGCUGGGUCUGUCUGUGGCUUUGAGAAAAGGUAGUUUCAAACGAGGACUUUCCAGAGCUCAGCUUCCAGCCAGCUGUUAGGACCCCACCCUUCUCUCUUUAUUGUCGAGGUGACUCAGAGCCGACUGACAGUGGUCAGACCAAGCUCUCUGCUAAGGUGGUGAGGUAGGCGACGCUGGCAUGUCACGGUAGUGGUUUGGGCAAAUUUCUGCAGGUCUCCUCCCCCACUCCUGCCUCCAAUGAAUAAAGACAAUGUAUACAGUUCCCUAACUCAGGCUUUUGUGGUGAUUAGCUUACUACGGAACUGAAAAUGGCCCCCUUUGUACAAGCUGGGCUGCUAGGGAACCAAGGUGGACCAGACCGGUCCCAGACCUGUGGCACCUGUUUUCGAGGUCUCUCUUCUACCUUGAGCCGUCCAGGAAACCAAAGGAGGGUCUCAGAGAUGGUAGAUGCCCUGAGUGUCCCAAAGUGUACAAAGCUAAGUCACCAAUUGCUACACUUACUCCUCAGCUAGACUCGGAUCUCAAGUCCUUCCUCAAGCUUCGAACCAAGCUGAGCUUCUCCAAGGCAGAGCUUUGGCAUCCCGAGAUCCUUUCUGUAGGCUAAUUCCUCUUGCCCGGCAGCAUAUGGAGUGGCCCUAUUGCUAAAAAGGAUUCUGUCUCCUUUAAGGAAGUUUUAUUUUUGAUCCAGAGUCCUUGUUUUCUUGACUUGCUCAGCCAGCCCUGCACCAGCUUCUCGAAAUGCACUAUGCUUGUGUUUUAACUUCUUUUCCCAUUUUUAUUUGGGCAUAAAAAAUCGUUGCCUUUAUUUGUAAAGCUGUUAUAAAUAUAUAUUAUAUAAAUAUAUGACAAAGGAAAAUGUUUCAGAGGUCUAUUUGUAUAAUUACUUGAUCUACACAGUGAGAAAAAUGAAUGUAUUCCUGUUUUUGAAGAGAAGAAUAAUUCUUUUUCUCUAGAGAGAGGAGAGGUUACAGUGUUUAUAUUUUGGAACCUUCCUGAAGGUGUGAAACUGUAAAUAUUUUUAUCUAAGUAAAUGUUAAGUAGUUGUUUUAAAAAUACUUAAUAAAAUAAUCUUUUUCCUGUGGAAGAGAAA